UGAAAAAAAACAACAACAAAAUAAUAAUAAUAAUAAUAAUAAUAUUUAGAAAACUAAAUAUAUUCUACCAGUACAAGUCAUUAUUUUUCUAACAUUUGUUGUUGUUUUUUUUCAAUAGGAUAUAUAAUAGAAGGUACUUGUCUUUUAAUAAUGUGUCAUGUAAAAAAUCGAUAUAUUGGAAUAACAUUACUUACCAUUGGUGUUGGUUCAAGUGGUUUAAUGGUAUCUGGAUGGCAUUUAAAUCAUCAAGAUUUAGCUCCACGUUAUGCAUCAGUUUUAGCUGGUUUUACAGCAGUUAUUGGUACAUCAGCUGGUAUAAUUAGUCCAAUUGUUGCUGGUCUUCUUACUAAAGAACAGGAUUUAAUUGGAUGGCGUCAUGUAUUUACAAUCGCUUCUCUUGUUCUUUAUAUAUCAUCUUUAUUCUAUAUGAUAUUUGCAUCAGGUGAUUUACAAUCAUGGGCAACAAAAACUCCAUAUGAACAAAAAAUAAGAUUGACUUCUGAAAAUUUACCACCAUUACUUGCUUCAUUUGAACAUAAUGUUCAAGAAGAUAUUCAUUCAAUAAAACAAGACAAAGAUAAUCAACAAUCAGUUGUUAACCGUGAUAAUUAA